CACCCGCCGGGGACUGCGGCCGGCGGGGCGGGGCGCACGGUGCGAGGUGAGGCCCCGCGCGUUGGACGCCAGGGGAGCGCUUUCCUAUGAGUCCCCACCCAGCCACCACCCUGACCUGGCUGCGCGCCGGGAGGACAGACAGCCGGAGCCAGAUAUUCAGCCGCGGGCCGGUGCCCGAAUAGUAGGACUCAACCGGCUCUCAGGCCGGGCCAUGGCGCUCGACUUCCUGGCUGGAUGCGCCGGAGGUGUGGCAGGUGUGCUUGUGGGACACCCUUUUGACACAGUCAAGGUGCGGCUGCAGGUACAGAACACGGAGAAGCCCCAGUACAGAGGGACGCUGCACUGUUUCCAGGCCAUCGUCAAGCAGGAGAGUGUGCCGGGCCUGUAUAAAGGCCUGGGCUCGCCACUAAUGGGGCUCACCUUCAUCAAUGCACUGGUGUUUGGGGUGCAAGGCAACACUCUUCGGGUCCUGGGGCAAGACUCACCUCUCAAUCAGUUCCUAGCUGGUGCGGCAGCAGGCGCCAUUCAGUGUGUCAUCUGUUGCCCCAUGGAACUGGCCAAGACAAGGUUGCAGCUGCAGGAUGUGGGUCCAGCCCGUACCUACAAGGGCUCCCUGGACUGCCUGGUACAGAUUUACCGGCACGAGGGCCUGCGUGGCAUCAACCGAGGCAUGGUGUCCACACUUCUGCGCGAGACACCUAGCUUUGGUGUCUACUUCCUCACCUACGACGUACUGACGCGUGCCAUGGGCUGCGAGCCAGGUGACCGCCUGUUGGUGCCUAAGCUGCUGCUAGCGGGUGGCACAUCAGGCAUCACGUCCUGGCUCUCCACCUAUCCUAUGGACGUGGUUAAGUCACGACUACAAGCUGACGGGCUUCAAGGAGCCCCUCGCUACCGUGGCAUCGUUGACUGCAUGCGGCAGAGCUACCAGGCUGAGGGCUGGCGAGUCUUCACACGGGGCCUGGCCUCCACGCUGCUACGUGCUUUCCCUGUCAACGCUGCUACCUUUGCCACAGUCACUGUGGUGCUCACAUAUACCCGGGGUGAGGAGGCCCAGCCAGACAGUGAGGCACCUCCGGGCACCUCGACCACUCCUACUGGGCCUGCCCUGGCCCAGCCUUCCAGUCUGUGAUGCUGUCAUCUGUCCCACCGACUUUCCCAGGGCCACUUUGUUGAAACUUGACACAGAGAAUGUGGCUCCUCAGCCAGCCAGUCUUCUUGCUCAUUGGCUUGUGAUGCCAGCCAGUCUAUACCCCAGUGGCCUUCUAUUU